AUGGAAAAAACAAAUCGGAAUAUUAAGGAGAAUGUAAAGAUAUAUUGUUCGAAAUAUAUUAAAGAACUAAGUAAAGACAAAUACAAAGAUUCGGUAUAUUUAGAAUGUACUCCAAAAAAUAGAGAUAACCCAAACGAGACUAUACAUCAAUUUGAUAGAUUCAAUGAAACAAUACAAGAUAAAAAUAUGGAUGAUAACACUUUAAACAGAUACAAUUACACGGAUGGGAAAAAGCAUAGUGAUAAAGCACUUGCUAAGAAUUCAUCCAGUGACAAUAUGAAGAAGGAUGAAAAGGUAAAAAAUAUUACUACAAAAGGAGAAAAUAUAAUAAAAUAUAAUGAUGAGCAAUUAAAAAAGACUUAUUCUAAAGGGGAACAGAAUAACAAAAUUUCCAGAAUGGAAAUUUUUUCUCAUAAAUAUUAUGAAAAGGAAUGUGUGAAAUAUCACAAAAAAUAUUACGACAUGAGCAAUAGUGGUAUUAAAAAUAUUAUUUAUAAGAACAAUAUUCAUAAUGACCAUAAAAAUGCUAACAAAGAUUUGAAUCAUGAUAACUCAGUAGUUGAUAGAAGAAAAAAAAAAAAUAGUAUUACACUGAGUGAAAUGAACAAUAACAUAAAGAAUGACAUGAAUGGUCAUAAGAGUAAUGGCACGAAUGACAGUGCUCCUAGUGACAUAAGCAAACGUGUGAUCAAAGGGGAAAAUAUUAGUGAUGACACCAUUGAUGUUGCAUGUAAUGGAAUAAAUAGUGACAAAAUUAAAGGCAUAAAUGGAGACAAAGUUGAAGGCAUAAAUGGAGACAAAGUUGAAGGCAUAAAUGGAGACAAAAGUAACGGCAUAAAUAAUGAAACAAAUAAUGAUGAUAUAAACAUUGUCAAAAAUGAAAGUAGCAACAUACACAGGGACAUAAAUAAUUCUGUGAGUAGCAACUUGAACGAUCAUAUUGAAAAUGACAUAAUUAGCGGUAUGAGUGACAGAAUGAAUGACAGAAUGAAUGACAGAAUGAAUGACAGAAUGAGUGACAGAAUGAAUGACAGAAUUAAUGACAGAAUGAGUGACAGAAUGAAUGACAGAAUUAAUGACGACGUGACAUGCGGCAAAAGACAUGACAAUGAUGACAUUGAGACGUCAGAAAAAGAAGACAAUGAGGAGAGUGGGAACUGGAUUGAAAUAGAGCAAUCUUUUAACUUUUGGGAUGCCCUAAAAAAUAAUUUCAAAAAUGUGUUUUUAAUAAAAUCAGAGGGUAAUGAAAUAAAGAAUGAAGCGGGAACAGAAGUAAAUGAAAAGGAAAAUAUAUGCCAAAAUGAAAAUAGAUGUGUCUGCCAAAAUGAAAAUAGAUGUGUCUGCCAAAAUGAAAAUAGAAGUGUCUGCCAAAAUGAAAAUAGAAGUGUCUGCCAAAAUGGGGUUGUACUUUUGAAAAAAAAUGAAGUAGAAUGCGAGAACAAUAGAAAUACCUUCCCGUUAUCCCAAGAUGCGUAUGUAAAAUGCCUAAAUUUUUUAAGCGCAGAAAAAAUUUUAGAGUAUGAGUUAGUAAACAAAUUAACAAGUGAGGUUAUCAAUAAUCGAAUUGAUGUAUUUAUAUAUGUUAAAAAGUUAAAUCUUGAUGAAAAAUGGUCAAAUUUACCAAUUUAUAAAAGACAGUAUUAUUUACAUCAAAUGAAGCAUAUUAAACAUAUUAACACAUCAGAAAAAAUUUACUCAGGAAAUGGAAUGUAUAUACAUGAAGUAGCAGCAAUCAUAUUUCAAAAUGUAUCGAACUUAAAAACUUUAGAAUUAUUAUCCCCAGAAUAUUUUAUGAAUGAUAAUACACCUAGACAUGAACCUUUUGCAUUAUGUCCAUGUGUAUUUAAAAAAUUAGAAAAAUUGACAAUAAUAGGAUGUCAAACAUUAGAAUGGUUACAUAUAUUUCGUAAUUGCUCAUUUCCAUUAUUAAAAAAGUUUGAGAUUUGUUAUUACCCUUUACAUCAUGAUCAUUGGGUUUGGAAGUUUGUUUUUGAUUUUACCAUUUUAGGAUUACAAGGUUUAUACAAAGUGUUAUAUACAAUGGAAAAUCUUCAAAAAUUAAUUAUAGGUUUUGAUGUCAUAUUUGAUAAUAUUGAGGGGUAUUUAUAUAACCCUGUACAAAGUCAUAGAAAUAUAUUACAAGAAUAUAAUAUAGCUAAUACUAAUCAAAGAUAUACCAAUAGUUUAUCUCUUCCUUCUGCUAUUGGACAUCCGUCAAGGAAAUAUAAAAGUUAUAGAGGUAGGUUAUGUGAAGAAGAUUAUAGUGAUAUAUUUACUAUUGCAUAUUAUAUAUCUGGUAAAUGUGGAAGUUUAAAAAGAAUUAUGAUUAAAUAUAGAGAAUCUUAUGAUAAUUAUGAUGAUGAAAUGGACAAUGCUGCAACACUUAAUGAGUUUAUUUCGGAGGCUACAAAUACUGCUUCCAGUUACUACAAUUAUGUUCUUAAUUGGUUUAGGUCUACAGAUGAGGUUCUUCCAAGGAAUGCAUAG